AAGCAACACAAAGUAUAUUUCUAAAUACAGAUGCCAGUACGGGCGUUAUACGCGAUCGUGUAAGACACAACGAACGUGAGAGUAUCCUAACGUGUGUAUAUAAAUUAUUUAAUAUAAAAUUUAAAAUUGAAAAACUGAUAAAGCAACAUGUUCUUUAUACUGAAAUUGAUGUUAAUAAUCUUAUUAAAUAAAUCGUACGCGUAUAUUAUCCAAGAUACCGAAACAAUAUUGCUGCCAGCAUGGUACCCGACAAGCGCAAAGAAGAUACCAUUAACUCUAAAAGUGUUCGAACAACUGAUUCAACUAAACCUAUAUAGAAACGAUCGAAUUAUAUCGCCUGAGUAUGAAAUAUGGCAAUAUUAUGUAAAAGGCGCUACAGAAAAUUUGUCGCAGUUGAAAGCAUUGGAUCCUUGUUUAUAUAUUCACAAGGAUAAUGUCAGUUCGGCGAUCAUCAACUUUUGUGACGAACAUGGUUUGGAAGGACUCGUUUUUCUAAAAAACGACAACUUGAAUAUUAAACCUUUGUCGAACGAUCUUGCGUCAUUGUCUUUAGUCGAUAACAUUUGCUUUGAGGAACAAAUGAAUCUUUCAUUCGGCAAGCCUCACCUUAUCAAAAAAUUACUGCAAAGUUUUGAUACUUCCCAUUUUUAUUCUUUUUUUGACAAUUUCAAGCCAAAGCGACGUGACGUACGAAAUACUGAACAAAAACUAACCAUAGAAUUGGCCGUUUUCGUUGACGAUGCAGCAUAUAAUAUUCACAUGCCUAUUUUGGACUAUAACAAAGACAGAUUACACAAUAUGAUAUUAGCAUACGUGAAUCAAAUGCAAGCUAUGUUCCAUCAUCCGAGUUUGGGUGUUUCUAUCGAUAUUUCGUUGGUAAAAUUGAAUAUUAUGGACAAACAUCCGUCAAAUUUGCCUGUCUUUUACGGCGACGUUGUAAAAAUGCGCAAGUCGUUUUGCGAAUACGCGAAAACUUUGAAUCCUUCAGAUGACAAUAAUCCGAGUCAUUGGGAUUUUGUUCUUCUCUUAACCGGAACAGAUCUUUUUAUCUUGCCAAACCCACAAAAUGAAACACAGCGGAACUAUGGCUGGUUGGGAGAAUCUUUCUUCAAUGGAAUGUGUGGAUUGGGGGAAUACUCUUGUGCCAUAGUAGAAUUCGGUGCUAUAUUUACGGCGUCAUCUGCUUUUGCAACGACACUUCCCGUUCAUCAGAUCGGCAAAGCUUUAGGAAUAGAACUCGAUGACUCGUCUACCAAUUCAAAGUGUGCAAAAAGCGUGCACAUAAUGAGAAAAACGCUCUACUAUAGAAACCAGAGAACAUGGUCCGAGUGCAGUCGUAAAGCAGCUGAAAAACUCUGGAAUACAAAACCGUGCCUUCGAGAUCGUACGAGAACAGAAGAUCUUGAUGACGCAAAUGAAUUGGAUCAUUCGCGUUAUCACAAUUUACCCGGGAGAGAAUGGACCGCCAAAACACAAUGCGAAUUAUUUUCGCAUGACAAAGAUGCAAACGUAGUCACGUUACAUAAUAUAUGUCAAAUUUUACAAUGCGAAAUGCAUGACCGUGACAAUGAGUAUAUCUUCGCGGGACCCGCACUAGACGGAACUUAUUGCGCGAUGGGAAAAGAAUGUCGUGGAGGAGAAUGCGUGCCUGUUCUCGAACCGCCAUACAUUUUCAAGUAUUGUGAAGAAGAUAACUGGAGUGAAUGGAAAAAAGGCAGCUGUCAAAGCAGUUGCUUGGAGAAAUCUAAAGGCGCAAUGAUCAAACGACGUUCUUGCAAACAUGGGACUAACAGAACGGCCAAUUGUGGAGGGCCAUAUUACGACGUGGACUUGUGCAUUGACGUGCUAGUUUGCAUUAAAAAUCGCAUAACAAUUGCCGAGUAUACUAGGAAGAAAUGCAAUCAUUUCAGCGGUGAUGCAGCGCAUGUGACUACGAUUAACAUAAAAAAUGGAACAGGAAGACAAGUUCCUCAUGAUAUCAAGAAACCGUGGAUGGCCUGUAUUGUAUUUUGUCAACAAAAAAGAUCAUCUGAUUUCAACGAAAAUUCAUAUCUGGAAAUGCUUGACUACGGUUACGACCCAUAUUUUCCAGAUGGAACGUUGUGCCACAACGAAGGUGGCCAGAAUUACUACUGCCGACAGCAUUACUGUCUGCCGGAAAACUAUUCAUACAAAGAAAAUUGUAAAGAUGUAAACAUGUGUCAAUAAGGAUGCAAGAGAUGAUAAAACCGCAAAA